GAUGCUCAAGCACAGAUAAUGUUCUUACCUAAAAGUUUGAUAAUGGGCCAAUUUACUCUAAUAUCAAAACUAACAGCACACUAUUGAAACUGGUGAAUGGAAAUUUGCAAUGUCGUACAUCUGAAAGACAGAGACGAUAAAUGAAUGGGUAUUUUUGCAUUUUUUUAUAAACCAUUAUAUACACUUUUUAUAUAAUGCUCAAACCAAACCCCAAUAUGGCAAUAUAUUCCGAAAAAAUAUUAUUUUACACAAAAUAUUCUUUAAAAUUAAAAUAUGCUUUUUUAUGCUCAGGCUCUAAAAAAUUGUAUAUACCAGUUCAUACGAAAAUUAAUUGUCGAGAAAGCUUAUCCAAUUGGAGCGGCAUACUCUGAACUCUAGUAAAAAUAUGAAAAAAACAUAAAAAUCCGGUCUCUACAUAUAAUAUAUCACAGUCAAUAAUUAUAUAAUUCAUAAAUAAAUAUAUUUAAACUUUUAUUACUUAUGAAAAUUAUUGAUGCUCUUAUAAUAUUAUAAUGUUAAUCAAUAACUUUACCAUGGAAACUGAUAUAACGUGCUUAGUGUUUACCAAUAGGUUUUCUUUUUCUUCUUCUAAUUUGAGUUUUCUUUUGAUGUAAUCUUUUUAAAGUUUAAUCAAUUUUAUAUGAAUUUUUAUAAAUAAAUCUACAACAAUGGGAGAAAAAAUAGUACCACUGGAGAUGAAUUUAGUACGCUACAGUAAUCCAGUAGCAGUUACAGAACGUGAAGAAAAAUUGACGAAUAAGAAACUUGAUGGAAAAGACGGUCUAAUAUCAAAUGAAAAAAUUAAAGAAUGUGAUGAAAUUUUAAAUUGUAUUCUACCACCAAGAGAAUGGGAAGAAAAUGGAAAACAGUGGAGACAAAAAGUUUCAAAUCAACCAGCUACUAGAAUGGAUGUAAUCAAGUUGACAGAAAUGUUAGAUAUGAGUUUGCAACAUUUACAGGCACGAGAAACGGGUAUUUGUCCAAUUAGAAGAGCUCUCUAUUCUCAGUGUUUUGAUGAAAUAAUCCGUCAGGUCACUAUAAAUUGUGCAGAACGAGGACUUUUGUUACUGAAAGUCCGCGAUGAACUUAAAAUGACAAUGGAUGCUUACCGUUCAUUAUAUGAGAGUAGUAUAGCUUUUGGUAUAAGGAAGUCAUUGUCUGCAGAACAUAAUAAGCUAGACAUGCAAGACCGAUUAACUGAAUUGGAAGUGGAAAAACAGAAAAUCAAGGAUGACUUAGCAACCGCAAUUGCAAAAUAUGAAAUGGCUCAAAGGCAAGGAACUGAACAACGUAUAGCUGAACAACAAAGACACAACGAAGAGAUCAACUUUUUGAAAAGAUCCAACCAACAGUUAAAAGCUCAGCUUGAAGGAAUUAUAGCGCCUAAGAAAUAGAGCCAAUUAGCAACCUAAAUAAAAUAUGUGUAGUUUU